UGGAACAGGUCCGGCGCAAGCGCGGGGCAGAGUGGCUGCGGCCGCCACCGGCCACGGCUCGACGCUGAUCGCCACUCAGUGCCCGCGCUGCCUCGCCACCGCCAGCCUGCGUCGCGAGCGAGCACGUCUCCGCGACACUCCGCACACGCGAUCCUUCCACGAUAAAUACACAUAGCUAAAAACUUUAUGACCUUUGCCAACUUUCCGCGAGUUCACUCACCGCUGUUUGUGCCCAAGGUGCAGAUCGCAAUACUCGGUCCUCUUAACAGUGCAUCGCGUCUUUGCAAGUGAAGUUAAUAUUUUAAACGCAUUGAGGGACAUCGCGGUCUGAAUUUUAAGGUGUUGCGCACGAGUGGCGUGGCGCGGGGUGAUGCGCGUACGGCGGGACGGCGGGCGCCGGCGUCGCGUGUAGUAGCGACCAUGCGGCCGCCGCACCGCUCAGCUCUCGCCGCCGCCUGUCUCCAACUGCUCGCACUUGCAAUCGCUCCUAACACCGUGUUUUCUUCCUCGGCUGUUAUCAGAGGAGAACGUGCGCCCUGCUCUAACGAAGGCGAGCCGGUCCGACUGCAAGACGCGCGCUUGGAGCACGACUGGAGCAGCUGCUUCAACUGUACAUGCAAGAACGGCUUCGUUGAAUGCCGGAGCGGGGUCGAAGAGUGCGGCCUCAUGGACGACUGCGCGGUGGUGAUGCCUCGCGAAGGUUGCUGUGCGCGUUGUAAGGGCUGUUGGUACAACGGCACGGAGCAUGCGUCGCACUCGGAAUGGGGGGAGGAGGGGAGACUCCUGCGCUGCGAGGCGGGCGUCGUCACCAUCUCCAAGCCCGAGUGCUAUGCACCCUGUGACCGGCCCAAGCAUCAGCGACACACGCACUAUAACUGCCCUGUCUGCGAUGAAUGUGUGAUCAAUGGGCAGCGUGUUUGGGAGGGCCGAGACGUGCGCAUCGCCGAGGAGCCCUGCCUCUCGUGCCGCUGCGUGCGCGGCGCGUUGUCGUGCGCCAAGCGCGCGUGCCCCGUGCUGCCCUGCCAUCGCAGCCAGCAGUACACCCCGCCUGGAGAGUGCUGCCCGAGGUGCUCGCAUCCCACUGCUGACAAGAUUCUACCGAUUUCAGGAAACAUGUUUGCAAAGCCGUGCAUCAUUGGAAGGGAGUACCAUGGUCACCUCAGCAGGUUUAGGGUGGAUCCAUGCACCGAUUGCACCUGUAUGAACGGAACAGCUGUUUGUUCUCGACACACGUGCCCUGUGCUGACGUGUGGUGCGAGAGCACUACCACCAGCGGCCGGGAAAUGUUGCCCGGAGUGCCCACAUAUUGAAGAGGCUAAGGCUGCCUGUGUAAUCGGUGGAGUAACUUACCAGGAUGGAGAAACCUGGCAGUUAGAUGCUUGCAAGUCCUGCGAAUGCCACAGCGGUGAACCCAGAUGUGCUAUGGAGACAUGCCCAACUAUAAACUGCAGACCAGAUCAAAAGUUACAACAUUUGCCAGAACACUGCUGUCCAAAAUGCGUGGACGUGGAUGGAAUCUGCACAGUUUUUGGGGACCCACACUACAAAACUUUCGAUGGAAAGUUCUAUAGUUUUCAAGGUUCCUGCAAGUACCAACUGGUAUCAGAUUGUGUCAAUAAUACGUUUUCUAUAAGAAUAUCUAAUGAUGCCAGAAAUACAUUACAUUCUUCAUGGACUCGCACGGCGACGCUCAGAAUAGGAGCGACAAGAAUCAACAUGGGGAAAAAGAUGCGAGUUAAAAUUAACGGGCAACGACUGACACUACCUCACAAACUGGAUGGGGUUGGUGAAAUAACCCGAAGCAACGGAUCUGUUUUACUCAAAGCUGAUAUCGGAGUGCAAAUGUUGUGGGAUGGAGAUGGUUUUUUGGAAGUCACAGUAUCAAGCCUGUACAGGGGGAAACUAUGCGGACUAUGCGGAAAUUUCAAUUCCUUAGCGAGGGAUGACAUGCGGAGUCGAGAUGGGAGACUGUUAAGUGACACGUGGAAAUUCGGGUCAUCGUGGCGUGUAGGGGGCAGGCGCGCUUGCACGCGGCAGCAGAAACGCCCAAGCAGGCAGUCUCGUUGUCGACAGCAGAAGCAGAUUAAGGCGAGGCGUUUGUGCCGAGGCUUCAAUCGCUACCCGUCAUUUUCGGAUUGCAGCGCUAAAGUAAAUUCGCACCAUUAUAGAGAAGCAUGUGAAUUAGACGCGUGCGGAUGCUCAGGAACGAAAUGUCACUGCGCUGCGUACAGAGCAUAUGCAAGGGAAUGUAGUAGAGUCGGAGCGGAGCCCCAUAACUGGGCGAACGAAGCGUGGUGUGCGGAAGCGGCGGCUCCGUGGCUGCGGGCUGGAGGUGUUGCAGGCCGGCGGGGAGCGGGGCGCGCGGCCAGCGUGCGGCAGGACGAGUUGCCCGAGUUGAGCGCGCUGCCCAAGCUGAACAGCACGCGGCCGCGUCCGCCGCCUCCCAUUCUGCAUUAAUUGUGUUUGCGACGUCCAUGUUACUAGUCAAACCCGCCAGUGUCGCUAUUGUCAGAGUAUAUGAAUGCAAGAUAAAAUGAUCGUUUGUGAGUUGCAUUGGAAAUGAGAAUCCAGCUUUAUAGGAAAGAAGAUCUAACUACUUAACAGUAUUCAUACAACUACUUAUAAUUAAGUGAACAAGUACAUAAUAUUAUUUAAAUAAGGCCAUCAUAAUCUCAGUUCUGUCUUGCGGAGACCAGCAUCAUAACUAUUUAUAAGUACACAUGAAGCAUUCCAUUAAGUGUAUUAUUUUUAUUAGAUUUUCAUAUUUAACUCACCAAGUACCCAUUCAAUUCGUAUUUUAUUGCUGGUUGUAGUUUAAGCAUCGGGCAGAUAUUCGGUAAAUGUAAUGAAUAAUCAUUACAUAUUAAUUGUAAUAAUAAAUUAUAUGAAAUCUAAUACAACAUUUCUUUUCAUGAAAUGUGAUAAUUGGAGAUGUUUGGUGAAUCAUAGUUCAAAUUGAGAUCUCAUCCUAGGUAGUUCAGUUGAAAACUUAGAUAAUUCUAGCUAUCCCAAGCCAAGAAGCUAAUGAGAUUGUGAGAAGUAUGAUGUGUACAUAAUACGAAAUUGCCGCACGUAACUCUGUAAUUUAGUUCUAGUUAUUUUAAUUGAAGACUCUUGUAAAGUUUAGUUAUUAGAUACGUUACCAAUGAAUUUUAUUUCUGACUUUGUAAAUGUUAUGUUAUGAUAAAAUAUUAGUUCGUAACAGCAGUCACGUUUCGGCACCAUGUGUAAAAAUGUAUUUAUAUUUGUAAUAAUAAGUCAGCGUGCCGAUAGUUUUUCCCAUUUAAGUACACCUAAUGUAUUAAGUGCCAUCUGAUUACGUAUAAAUUUGACAGUUAUUGUGAUAGAUAAUGCUUUGCUAAGCCAGAAUGUCUGAUUGUUUGACUAUGAUCCUACUUACAUGUAAUAUGACUAUGUAUAAGUAUUAAUGUAUCCUAGGUGCCUCAACGAGCAUUAUGACUUCGAGGAAAUAUUUAUUAAUAUUUUUGUAUCCAUUUAUCUAUGUCUAUGUUGACUCACCACUGUGCACUGAAUUAUUUUUCUGUCGUCGCGCAUUAAAAUGAUUCAGUACACGAAAUAUAUUUUUAGGGUUAUCCGCUUUCCGCGUGAAAGUCGCUGAGACAUUCUAAUUAUAAAUGCUCUCGUUCUUAUUAGUAUCUUCUGAAUACGAAUAUUUAAAUUACUUUUUUAAUUUUAAGUAGGGCCUACGUUUUAUGUAGGCUUUUAAAUUAUUUGUGAAGUUCACGAGGAUUAAUAUUUUAUUUUUAAUUGUAUUUUAAAAUAAUGUGAUUACUCUACCGUUAAAAUGAAUGUUUAAAUUACUGGUAGGUAGUGCAAUUAUAAGUUUUCUUCGAUUUAAUUAUUUUGAUGACUUUAUCUACUCACUUAAAAGAAGAAUACUUCAUUAAAAAAUGAAAAUCAUUGUACUCAUAAACAAUUGAUUCAAAGGAAUUACGUGUCGCCAUAGCAAUUUACUCACCUAGCGCAUACAUCAAAAUAUUGAUCUAGUAAAAAUCUAAAUGCCAUAUAAAAUAUUUAUUUAUAUACAGAUGGACCCAUCCAUCAUGUGUCUUAAAUUUGUUGAAAUUAGAACUGUGUAGUACGUAAGAAAAUAUUGGUAUACCUAUUGAAUAUAUUUAGCUUUUGCGCUAGAAUAUUUUGUAUACCACUAGCCUUUGAUCGUGGGUUAAAUAAAUCGGCCCAAAUUUGCGAAGCUAUUGAAUGAACAAAUAAUUUACCUAAUACAUGAUUAUCGUUCAA